CACGCAGCUGACACAUAUACUAGUUUCUCCGGUAAAGAAUAAUCAAUUGCCAUCGGUAUUUCGGAGGAAAUAAAAGGUCGGAGCUGGACUCGGUCGGGGUACAGUGAGUAGUCAGAAGUCGGGGAGUCAGGAGCAGGUGUGAUGGUGCGAUACGGGUACUUGUGUGUGGUAGUGUUAGCGGUGUGUGGGCUCGCAGCGGCCUACCCCGCCGUACCGGAGGAGACAGAAGCGGACGGUGUCGAGCGAGUAUACCGGUUCUUGCAGGGAUGUGGAGAGAAGGACAUGCUCUUGUGUAUCAAGAUGAGGGCCCUCACGUUCGUGGACCGCGCACUCCGCAGGCCCGAGGACAUCUCGCUGGUUGACGGUGUCAAGCUGGUGAGGACCGACACCGGUGACGUUUCACGGGAGCUCAACGGACGCGCACUCUCCGAGGCCGAGCUGGACGCGAGCCUGCCCAAGGAUGCUGAGGACCGUGACGCCCAAGUGGAGACUAUGCUGGUCGACCGCGUCGCUAGGUUCCUGGAGAGCCAUACUCUGCAACUGAAGGUCCCCGACUCGUCCAUCUCCGACAUCCGCAAGUCUCUCGAUGAAGCUCGUGGCAAGAAGAAGAAGGCCGCCAAGAUCCUCCUUCCUCUGCUCCUUCUGUUGAAGCUGAAGGCUGCCGCGCUCAUCCCUCUGGCCCUCGGCGCCCUGGCCCUCCUCGCCCUCAAGGCUCUCAUCGUCGGCAAGCUGGCCCUCGUGUUGGCCGGUCUGAUCGGUCUCCAGAAGCUGUUGGGCCAGAAACAAUCCACCCAGAGCUACGAGGUGGUCGCACACCCGCACUAUACUGAGGAGCACGGACACGGCUGGGGACGGUCAGCGAACGACGCUCACGACCUGGCCUACCGUGCCUACAAAGAGCCGACCAAACAAGAUUGAUCACCUCUCUUUUUCCAUCUAUCUUCUUCAAUACACCCUUCAAAUGUACAAAUAGAAUAAGUCCCGUGGCCGCCGUCUGAACCAAAGUUACUGACAAAGACUUUACUUUAUAACAGAUCAAUCAAAACAUCACCUACUUCGAACAACAAUUUACAGAAAAGACGCCACUGCAGUAACCGUAGGUCAAAGAAAAACCAAACAUAUAGAAACACAGAAACAAAGUAUGAACCAAGAAAACUGACUUACUAUACUGGUUGACCGGAUUACUCAAGCAUACGAAAUGAAAUAGGUGUAACUACUAUACGACCAGCAUUGAACCAAAGAUAACAAACUCACAACACUAUCAGAACAAAAAAAAUAAUAACGAUAAUAGUGCUAAAAGAAUAAUAAACUGAACUAAGUCUCAUACUACAAUAACACAGCUCACGACUAAAUAAAAUACUUUACUGAAACAAUUGAGGCCCCAGACUUGAACCUUGAGGUGGCCACUAUAUCAUAGGCAAACUUUUAUUUAUUGUUUAUUUAAUGUUAUUUAUUUCAUUAACCAAUUUUCUUAUUAACGUUGUAUUAUAUUGGCUGUUGACUUGACUCGACUGACCGUUUCGCUCACUUUAGUAAACAUAUUGUCUGCUAGUCAAUUUCAUGUCAUGUUCUGUUUAAUCCACAAGCACGUCGAGUGCUUGCUCGGGAACGAUGUCUCGCAUUAGUAGUUUCAAUAGUUGCAUAUUGUGAUUAGUUUAUUAACAUUACGCUACUUCGUAACUCACAACUGUACGUAACUGCCAACUUGUAAAUAGUUUUGUUAGUUGUUAUUAUAAAAUGUGAAUAUUGCGA